AUGGAAGCUCAACGAAUUCGUGAAGGGGUAAAACUAGUGCAAGAAGGUGAUAAGGCCUCAUCCAAAGGCCUUUUUCGUAAGCCGGAUUGGGAUGUAGCUUCAGGUUGCUAUGACCAUGCAGCGACUUCAUUUAAAUUGGCAAGAUCUUACGACCAAGCAGUUCAAGCAUACUUGAAAGCUUCUGAGGCUUUUUUCAAGGCAGAUGCUACUCACCUUUCUGGCAAAGCGCUAGAAAAUGCGGCGCUUUUGCUGGCUCAACAGUUAAACCAACCUCAACGGGCAGCAGAACUUUACCAACGUGCCAGCAACAUGUUCAUGACUCGCGUACAUGCAGGGAGUAUCGAUCGUGCUGCUGAGCAGCUUGAAAAGGCUGGAAGGGCAUUAGAAAAUACCGAUGUAAACGCCGCAAUUGAAAUGUACAGUUCCGCUUGUUCACUAUAUGAGCAAGAAGACAGAGGCCGCAUGGCUAUCGAUAUCUUCAAGAAAGCCGUAGCUCUACUUAUCCGCAGCAAAAAGUACGAAAGAGCCGUGGAUAUGCUACAUCGACAGUCGGCGGUUUUGCGUAAAUUGGCCAAUCGUUCGCAUUUAUACAAGGCAAACCUAAGCAUUAUAAUUGUGCUCUUUGCUAUUGGUGAUGAAGUGGAAGCUGGGAAACAGUUCAACUACAUGAGCAGUAAUGAUCCUGGAUUCUUACAAAGCGAGGAGGCAGAAAUCGGACAAUUACUGCUGCAAGCUUACAAUGAAGGGGACCAGGGUCUGUUGGAACAGGCAGUCCGAAUGCAACAUAUAUCAUUCUUGGAUAACGAAGUCGCCAAGCUUUCACGUACAUUGACGGUUCCUGGUGAAAUGCUUUCGAGUGGAGGUAUGGGAUCUCAUCAACGUAUGGUUCCAUCUCAACCUCCAAGUACCACUUCGGCAGGAGGAGCGGCUACGAAAUCACCCAACACGGCCUAUCAUUCCGGUGGUACCAAUGGCGCUAGUAGAACUUCUAAAUCGCCUGCUACGAACGUUGCGCACGGCAUGUCUCCAGCACAAGUUCGAGCCGAACUGUACAGUACGCCAUCAUCAAAGUACAGUAGCUCUGAAAAAGCGAUGGUCACUUCAGCUUCUUCAAAACAGCAUGACCAGUAUUAUGAACAUCACCAACAGCAGUCAGCUCGGUCACCACUGCCACCGCCUCCGCAAGCAGUCGAGCAAAGUGAAAAGGAUCAUUAUCUACCAACGCAAAGCGAAUUGGACGAGGAAUUUGCUCAGUUAAACAUGCAGCAACACGACGAAAAAAAGAAGCCUUUUGCGCCAGCUCCUCUUCCGCAAGAAGAAGAUGACGAUUUUGAUCUGCGCUGA